GUCACAUUUUGUUAAUUUUUUUUUUACAGGAAACAAUAUAUAGGCCUUUUGCUGUAGAAAAUAAACAGAGCCCCCUCUCCCCCAACGUCUCUCUGACUCCGUCAGGAUGCAUGAGCUCCGCCUCGGAUGCUGCUUGCUGCUGCGGUUCAUCUGAUUACCGCGAUACAAGAACUGCGUCUACUUAAAGCGACACGCACGUCUUUCAUUAAUUAGACUAUCGGAGGGGAGAGAGAGAGAGAGAGAGGGAGAGAGAGACUCCGGGGAUGCAGAUAAGGAGAGGGAGCAGCAUCCGCCGGUCGCCACCAUCUUCUCCGCCCUUUCGCCGCUUCGAGGUUAUGACACCGGCUGUGAUCUGAGCCUGCAGAAAACAAAACCAACCUCCAAGAACCCCUCCUCCUCCUCCUCCUCCUCCAUCCUCUGCUCUCAACUCUGUGAUGCGCGGAUUGCAAAUGCGUCACACUCUGCGUUUUUCCUGCGUGCGUCGUUUUCAUCCGCCGACGUUUCGCAACCUCCUCGCCUCAUUAUAUUCGGUCAUGAGAUCGGUUGCAAAACACGCGGCCUCCCGCGCUCCACUCCUAGAUACACGCGUGGACUCUGCAGUUUCCGUGGUAUCUAUUACAACGCGUGUAUAAACCCGCUGUUCGCACGUCCACGUUCGCCAGACCGACCUUUUUUGCAUUUCUGCGCCCUCUGUUCGCCGCCUAUGCGUUUCCGCUGUCGUGCCACCGCAUCUCCUCCUCCUCCUCCUCCUCCUCACCCCCGCAUGGCCUCUGAAAUCCACGUGAAGCGCGCACCGUCGUCUCCGCGUCCACGACCCUCGUUAUACCGCUAAUGCGGUGCGCCUGGGUGCUCGCGGUCUCCUCGUCCUGGCCGGCCGGUGAUCCUCUGGUCCGGCGGUGCCGGUUUCCGCAGAGAGGCAGGAUGGUGCGGAUCGUCAGCGCGCUGGGGCUAGCCAUGUUCAGCGUGGCGCUGCUCAUCCUGUCGCUCAUCAGCUAUGUGUCCAUCAAGAAAGACUUUCUGCUCAGCACCCCGAGAUAUGGACCGAACGGAGGACCCAGGAUGUCCAUGUUCCACGCGGGGUUUCGCCAGAUGCCUCGCAAACCUGACCUAAGCUCCCAGCUGGCGUUGAAGUAUCUGGAUCCGGCUUUCACUCCUUUGACCAACGCUCUGAGCGAGGACCUGCAGAACUCCUCAAAAUGGACCUACAACAGUUCUGCUUUUCUCCAGCUGAAAAACGAGAUCUCCCAAUACAUCGACAUUCCCCACAACUUCACACUGACAAGAGACUCAGUCCGAAUCGGACAACUGAUGCACUACGACUACUCCAGUCACAAGUACGUCUUCUCAAUCGGCGAGAACUUCCGCUCGCUCCUCCCCGAGGCCUCUCCGAUCCUCAACAAGCACUACAAAGUCUGCGCAGUAAUCGGCAACAGCGGAAUCCUGACAGGCUCGCACUGCGGCGCCCAGAUCGAGAAGUUUGACUUUGUCUUCCGAUGUAACUUCGCACCAACCGAGAUCUUUAAGAAGGAUGUCGGGCGGCGGACCAACAUGACGACCUUUAAUCCCAGUAUCCUGGAGAAAUACUACAACAAUUUACUGACUGUGCAGGACAGGAACAACUUCUUCCUGAGCCUGAAGAAGCUUGACGGCGUCAUCCUGUGGAUCCCUGCAUUUUUCUUCCACACGUCGGCCACGGUGACAAGGACGCUGGUCGACUUCUUCGUGGAACAUCGAGGUCAGCUGAAGGUCCAGCUGGCCUGGCCCGGAAACAUCAUGCAGUAUGUCAACAGCUACUGGAAAACCAAGCAGCUGUCGCCAAAGCGCCUGAGCACCGGCAUCCUGAUGUACACGCUGGCAUCCUCCAUGUGCGACCAGAUCCACCUGUAUGGCUUCUGGCCCUUCGGCUGGGACCCCAACACUGGGAAGGAGCUGCCGUACCACUACUACGACAAGAAGGGCACCAAGUUCACCACCAAAUGGCAGGAGUCCCACCAGCUCCCCGCAGAGUUCAAACUGCUCUACAAGAUGCACACGGAGGGACUGCUGAAGCUCUCCCUCUCCCACUGUGCUUUGGGCUAAAAACUGCAGCAGGUGUGGCGCUCCUUUCGGAUUUUCCAGCUCUUUUCGAUGGGCGACAGUUGUCGAAAUGAGGCAAACAAGGCUAGAUUUCAUUAUGGUUUGUGGUCGGUACAAUUGGUUCCUGCACCUUUUUCAGUUCCAAAGCCACCUUUGACUAACGUUUGUACAAACUGCAACUUCUCAAGUGACAAGGAGUCUAUUGUUUUUUCUACUUCUCAAGAAUCUAAAGACGACUAUAGUUUUAGAAAAGGUGGCUGCGGAUAGACUUUUGGGCAACGUUGUUUUUAUGGCAGAAUAUCACAAUCUUGAAUUGCUUCAUGGUGUUUUUAAUUGCUCGUCAUUCUUCGGACUGCGGCUACAAAUCAGACCGACAUGAACACUGCGUCAAAGAACGUAGAAUCCCUUCUCCAGUUCUAUGAGGUUGAUGAAGUUUGGAUUCUGAUGUAGAGAUGGUCUGAAAAUGGAAAAGUUAAACCUGGCAUAGUUUUUGUUGAAAAUCUUACGCAGCUCCACGCAGCAACACGCUGAGUUGAAGCGACCGCCUACACAAGCCCGUGAGUUGUUUUAACGCAAUGCUGCUUUCGGUCUGAACACCCAGUGAGACAGCAAUAUGGUUAUUUGUGGUUUGAUUGGCAGAGGUACUAAAACAUUCUUAUGCAUCCAGCAUUAGAUAUGUAGUGUGAAGAGGGAGAGCAGUGAUAUUGGCAUAUUUCAAAUCAACUUAAAUCUUGUCACUACUUUGAUUACUACAGUAGAGGAUGAGGGCCACGUUGAAAACUCUGAAAUAUUGUUAGUUUUUUUAAUUCCGACUUCAAACUCUCUCAUUAAGAACUAAAAUACAUGUUACUACUCAUGUCGCGCUGAUCCUCCUACAUAGGUAUAAAGACUAUGAGUUUGUCACCUUUGUUAGAUGUCAAAACAUUGGGACCUACCAGGAACAGUACAGAGGAGGACAGGGCAGGAGUUGUGUUUGCUCCAUUGCUCCAUUCAAUUUAGGCAUGUGGCAGAAGCUUUAUUUCCUGACGAUUUGUGCAAAAAUUUAAAUAACUUAACACACAUAAGUCACAUGGAGAAACAUCUAGUCACAGGUCUAUCAAAAUAUUUGAUUUGUCAUACAGAUAUCAGUUGGUUUAUUCUUAAAUUUGCAGUUGAAACUUUUAACACCUUAUGAAUUUUCAUAUUUACACAUACAUCAGACACACAAUUUGAGUUGUUUUUGAGUCCAGUAUUUUCUCUCUUUGAGAUCUAUUUUCUGUCUCCACCAAGUCCUGAGAGAAAUAUAUGUCUCUUUAGCUGCUAAAUGUUCCACUUUCUUCACCAGCAAGUCAUUAACUGUUUGCCAUUUAACCCUUGUGUUGCCUUCGGGUCAUUUUGACCCGAUUCAAUAUUUAACCCUCCUGUCGCCUUCGGGUCAAUUUGACCCGAUUCAAUGUUUAAUGUCGGUGUUCUUUCGGGAGUCAACAAACAAACAUAAAGUACCUCACACUUAAACUUGGAAAACAAUAUUAAUUCUAAUAAUUUUCUGGAGAUUUUAAUAGCUGGGGUCAUAUUGACCUCAAGGGUAAAAUAUGUUAGUAAAUAUAAAGGUAACAGGAGGGUUCAACAUUUAAUCGGGUCAUAUUGACCCGAAGGCGACAGGAGGGUGAAACAUUGAAUCGGGUCAAAUUGACCCGAAGGCAACACAAGGGUUUAAAGCCAAGAGGAGUGAUGUUUCAGAAGAACCUUUUCUAUGGCACUGCUCAAGAAAAAAUUAAUGUAUAAACUUAAUGACUAAAUGUAUGAAUCAGAGCCAGGGCUAUUCAACAUCUGUUACAAUUUAACACUUUACCACCGCAACAUUUAGCACAAAUCUUUAUAAAGACCGAGUCAGAUUGUGUGUCCAUAAAACAUUUUUAACAGACGAGAAGAAGCACAGAGAAGGAUGUUGGAUUCCACACCAUACAUGUCAAAUGUGUGGAUAAAGGAAGGGCUGCUUUCUGGAUUCACAAACUGUACAAACUACCUUGGCAACAAAUCUGAAGAGUCGAUGUUGGAAAAAAGCAGAGGCACCACAAACAAAUGCUACACUCAAUUCUACAAAUGCAGUUUAGGACAAAGUUGCAUUUGAGUAAAUGUUUUAAAAGUGAAAGCCUUACUUUGUAAAGAAUACUAAUGUAAGCUAGCUGGUACUAUGCAUCUUAUCAGGAAGAUUCACUUUCAGCCAGUUUGCUGCCAAUUCUUUCUUCUACGUUGUGGUAAUGUUUUUGAUUUCUUUCCCCUCUUUUGUGUGUCUUGAAAAUUAAUUAGGGUUAGAUGGGUUACUUGGUUAUUUAUGUUAGUAUAUAGCCUCACAGACCCAUCAGUAUACAUGGUACUAUGGUAUACCCACCUUUUUCCAGUGGGUUUACAGUAUACCCACUUAUCAGCCAUUGGAAUAAAUAGAAGAUAAUACUCACUUACUCUCCUCAGUAAAUGACCCAUCUACUUAGUAUACCCAGCUCUUCUACACCAUUGCCCAUAUUAAUGAUUUGCCACUUCAGCAAGGUGGCUCCAUUCACAGUUAUUCAUUUUUUUAAAUACAUGUGCUGCUGCUAGGGGGCAUUGGUGAGGGACUCUACUGAGUUUGAGAGGAUUUGAACCUGGGAGGCCAGGGAAAUUGUAGUUUCAUGUUGCUUUGUCACUCAUAGCGUGAACAUAGCAUUUCCACCUUGUUACAAAAAUGGCAAGCUACCUUGGGAAGACUGGUCAUCAAGAAGUUUGGGAAGAGUUCCAAAUUGCUGAUAAAUUACAGGUCGAACAGGUUGGGUGUCAUACAGUUAUUAUUUAUCGGAUGUCAAUGGGUACAAUUGGGACCAGAGCGCUGCCUGUCAGAGUGGGUCAAUCUAACACUUUCAAUAUUGAGGGGGAGCGGGCCCUUUCAAUUUAGACUGAUCCUAGUUUUAUGUAGAAAUCUGAUUGGUUAUCUUGAUACCACAAUAACUGUAUUGGUGUUCAAAUUCUGCUCAUGCCCCAUAAAAGGCAUCUCCCUAUCUCAAAGUCUGCACUUUAAGUCCUACUACUUCUCCUGCUUCCUGUAUUAGUAUUGAAUGAUUUCGGUCAAUAAGAACAUCAUACUUAGGGGUCCUGGUCUUUAAAUUCAAGAUGAUAGUAAGUUAAAGGUACUAUAGAUAAUGAAAAUAGGAAAUAGUUAGCUUUAAACAACGAAUUUAAAGAACAAUUAAAACACCUUAUGUAUGCCCCAUACUGAAUGAAGCACGCUGCUUUCAUCUUUGAAGAAAAAACUAAAUGUAAGCGUUAGAUGUGUAAUAUGUCCAACACAAGACAGCGUGAAACAAUGGGAAGCCAUGUAUUCUCACAGCCAUGAAUUUAAAUUUGUAGAUAUUAACUACAAAUGUUUUGUAUCAAAUUGUUUUUUUGGGAUUGGUCUAAAUUCUGGAUAAAGUUAUCCUGGUUGAGUCCACAAUUGGAGCAUUUUUGUUUUGUGGUAUGAAGGUUUUUCUCGUCGAUAAAGUAUGUAAUAAGUGGUUGAUUAGAAUUAAUGAUUUGUAAUGCUCAAUGAUAUUUGGUCCUGUGGGUAUUUUUACUCAUAGACACAUGGUUUUCAGGCAUAUCAAAUGUGAAUUAUCAUAUCUGACAUGUGCUUUAUUUUGUCAUGUAUUUACAUAUUUCCUGCAAAGUGUUAAUGAGACAAUAAAAAAUGUGAGAAACUGGGACUAUUUUUGUAAUCUGCAGAUAAACUUCAGCUAUUUCACCUCCUGUUGUUUUCUAGGAAUUGAAAUGUCAUUUUCAGGACAAAAAGAUUGUUUGCAUAAAGGUUCAAAUCAU